UGUUAGUGUCAUUUUUAUCUUGUCAAAGUUGUCCCGUUAUUUGUUAAAGAUCUCAUUGCUGCUAUCGCCGUACUGAGCAGGUAACAUCAGAUAUUGUGGAAAAUUCUGAGUAAAGUAAAGGAUUUUUCGUCCAUUCAAAGAACUAAGGAUGACUGCAGUGUCUAUGUUUGAGCAGUUAAGUUUGGUGGAGAAGUCAGCUGUGUCACUAGACAGUGUCGAGGAGGACUAUGUGUUAGAUGUUGCAGCACAAAGAGGAGAUGGGGAAUAUAUAGCAGCUACAAGCAGUAAUCAUACCAUACGUUUGUUCUCCGGCAGUAACCUGGCAAGUGUUGGAACUAUUAGAGGUCAUACAGAUGUGAUAAGUGGAAUAAGCUGGGGGAAACAUGAACCUCAUCUUCUGUAUUCAGCAUCAAAAGAUAAAUCUGUCAGAUGCUGGGAUACAAGAACGAAACUAACAAAAGAAGUUCAAAAAUUAGAAGGUUCCUCUGAGACACAGAAUCAGUUCACAUGUAUAGAUAUUAAUGCCAGUGAUAGAGUUCUUUGUGCCGGACAGGAGGCUGAUGACGAUGAGAAUGCUUUCAUUCUGUUCUGGGACAAAAGAAGUAGUGAACUUCUGGGGGCUUACUGUGAGUCACAUCAGGAUGAUAUAACUCAGGUUUGUUUUCACCCUACCAACCCUGACAGCCUAGCCACAGGUUCUACGGAUGGUUUGUCAUGUUUAUUUGACAUUUCUGAGACAGAUGAGGAUGAUGCCCUGUCUUACACAUGGAACACGUGCUCGACAGUUGCAAAAGUUGGCUGGUGUGGAGAGAAUUUUAGUAGCGUUUAUUGUACAACACAUAUAGAUACGUUUCACGUCUGGGACUCAGUUGAGGGUGAUCCAGUAUUUGAAGUUACAGAUUUGAAAGAUGUACUUCAGGGAAAAGAUUGUGUUGAGUAUAUUGUGGACUGUUUGUCUUGUGAAAGCUCCGACCUGCAUCUCCUGGCUGGUAAACACAACGGAGAACUGAAGAUUGUUGAAUUAUCCAAAAAAGGAAAUCCGAAGGUGAAUUGUACAUUGGAUGGAGGACAUUCUGCUACAGUUCGAUGUCUUUAUUGGAAUUCAAAGAACAACACAUUGCUAACAGGUGCCGAAGAUUCAUUACUCUGCCUCUGGUCAACCAGUCAUGACACCCAACACUCAGCAAACCAUAAGGCAAAACUGAAGUCUAAGAAGGCAGUGACAAGGCGGAGCAAUCCGUACUGACUUUACAUCAGAACCAGUUCUACAUGGUAUGGAAUUCUGAAAUAAGGAUAUGCCUGUCCUUUAUGGUUGGAAUCCAAGAAAACAACAGGAAUGAUUUCAGACAUUUUAAGACUGUAUGUUUAUGAAACGGGUACAUUAGAUCAUAUCAGUUGUUUGGCCUGUGGUUCAUAAAAAAAGUUGUUUGUGUUAGAUCCGUCAAAUUUAUUAUUAAAUAAAUGUCAGUGAAAUUAUAUCUUUAUGAACAGCGAUGUGCUAUAAACUUGACAUUAUUGCUGAUUCUGAAGGUGUUUAGAUAGAGAAAGGGAAGUCUUUCCAUGGACAGGAAUUUACAGAACGGAGAGUAGACGGUGAAUCACCAAGUCAUUGACUGAAAGAGAGAGAGAACACAGUAUUAAUAUUUACCGUUAAAAACUCAAAACUGCAUGGCAUUAUGAAUGCAGGUUUACAUACACAAUUAAUUUAUAUAUUUAGACUUUGUUAACAAAAAUUAAAUUUUUAAAAUCAGUUCAGUCAUAUUAAGUGUAUUGUCAAUAUAACGAAGAUAUUUUUUUAAAUCUGAUAAUAAUUUCCAUGGAGCAGUGGAUGUUCACCUGCUUUUUGUGUACUGAUAUGAAGCUUUGAAUUAUCUUAAUCCUUUUUUCUUUGUUUUAGCAUUUUUAAAACGUAGACUUAUUUUUAUCAUUUAUUUUUACUGUUUUCUAACU